AUGGAUAACGGAGAUAAUACGAAUGAGGUUGGGAGAAAUUGGGUAUGCGCCAUCUGCGAUGAAGAUAUCGUUGCCAGGGGCAGGCGAUUCGGACUACUGGAGAAUUGUUCCCAUCCCUUCUGUUUGGAAUGCAUUCGAAGAUGGCGCGAUCAGAAGGGCUCCCAAGAUAGGACUAAUCUGCGGCUGUGUCCACUGUGCAGGGUGGAAAGUUUUCUUAUUACGCCAUCGGAAGUGUACCUGCCGGACGGACCUGACAAGACUGAGGUUAUUCGAGGGUAUAAAGAAGCACUCGCGAGAAUACCCUGCAAGUUUGUAACGGCUGGUGAAGAGUGUCCCUUUGGGAGUUCUUGUUAUUAUAAACAUGAUGAUGAUGAUCAUGAUGAUGAGGAACGCGGGAAGAGAUUCCUAUGUGGCGCAGAUGGUAAAGUCCAGGCCCUAAGGAAAGCGAAAUUGUCGGACUACCUAUUCCCUUGUAAGUAGUAGGUUGUUAUUUGUACAUAGUCUAGGAUGACGACAGUGUUUACCAAUUCUGCUAUGGCUUGCCGUAAUUCUGUACAGGAAGGCGUAUGAGACUUCACUGUUUUGCUGCUGGUGAGGUACGU